GUUUCUUCAGAAGAAGCGUGAUUAAGAAGGCGAACUACACCUGUAAAUAUGGCGGGAACUGUGAGAUGAAUGUGCGGCUGCGAAACACGUGCCAGGGUUGCCGGCUCAGGAAGUGCAGGGAUGUCGGCAUGAAGGCAGAAUGUUUGUUAACGGAAGCACAAACGAAGUCUAAAUUCCGCUGGAAGUACCCAAAGUCCGACAACUCCCCGUCCUCCUCACAACCGGGCUCUCCCAGCUCCUCCUCUACUACUGGCUCCAACGGCCAUGCGAACCAGCUGCUGAAGCUCAGCACAGAGCAGAAGGACCUGUGUAUGGAGGUCGUGUCAGCCUUUCAGAUGAUGUGGGCACAGGAUCCUAAAAUUACUACGUUAUGGCCUAACGAAGACGAGGUCCUAACGAAGUCGGAUAAGGACCUGCUUGACCAGAAGCAGCAGCAUCUGCAGGAGGGCAUGACCGUCACCAUCGAGAAGAUCGUCCUCUUCUCCAAACAGCUGAGGGGAUUCAUGACCUUGAGCCAGGAGGACCAGAUCGCACUUCUCAAGGGAGGAGCGAUAGAGGUAGUGAUGCUGAAAGGAGCUGUGUACAGGGACGACAGUCAGCAGAAUGCUGAAAAGUGGAUCAACGCAGGAGUUCUCGAGACGUUUGUGCACACCUUCAUGGACUUCCUGCAUAGCAUUCAGCAGCUGAAACUGGACUGGUUCGAGUGUGCGCUGCUCACAGCUGUCGCUCUGCUGUCCCCAGCAACUUCUACCACUCCAAACACAUCCUCUGUUACAAGGUCCAGGACAAGACAAUGCUGCCGCUGCUACAGGAGAUUUGGGACUGGAACAAACUGGACGAAGAGUGUAAGGCCACUCCGAUGCAAGGCCAGCCGGUCUACACUAGAUGCAACCUACACAGCCCCGUAGUACACUAGGCCUCCUGUCGCAACUUAGGCUAAGGGAGCACUGUAUACUACUAACUUUUACAACACAGUCUAAAAGAGCUUUGUAUACUACUAACCUACUGGGUCCUGUAAUGCAUUACAACCCUCCUGUCACAACAUAGUCUAAAGGAGCACUGUAUACUACUAACCUAAUGGGUCCUCCUGUCGCAAAAUAGUCUAAGGAGCACUAUAUACUACUA